AUGCAUUAUGAGGCGUGGGAGAUACAAGAGGAGGGAGGUGAGAGCCAUGGCCGUGCCUCGCGAUCGACGGAUUCCCCCCUCUCCCUCUCUGUUCGGCCGCGAGGUCGUAACAGCAUCACAUCGCAAACUCUGCACCCCUCCUCACGUCCUUACACUAUGCUACAGAGCCUGAGACUUCUUGGCAAAACCAGUGACCAGCGAGGUAGUUCUGGGUCUCUGAGAGGCUCAGCAGUUGAGCUGUAA